GUAGUAUGUUUAUUAAUUAAGACAUUGAGUUAUAUUCGUUGGUGAAUUGUAAGAUACUGUUGUUUCUGUUUACUCAUGUGUAAAAUUAUUUUUCGUGAUAAUACAUUGUUUUAAGUAUCACAAAUAACUAUUUACGGUCGUACUAAGAACCAUAAAAGUGAUAUUUUAUUUUUCUCCUUUGUUUUCAAAGGAUAACAUUUUGUAUGGAUUUUUCUCAUUCAGACAAAUAGAUCGACUUCUAAAUAAACGAAGUCCACGAAUUGGUGAAUUUAUAUUGACAUUUUACUAACAUGUCAAAUUUAAUUUAAUUUAACCUCUAAAUUGCUACUGUCAAGAAUUUAAUAGUAUUUAGAGGAUAUGAUUAUUUAUUUCUACUAUGUAACAUGACAAUAAGAAAUAUUUAAUAGCACUAUGAGGCUAAAAUCAAAAAAGAGGGUAAUGAUGAAAAUGAAGAAGGUAGCGACUGCUCCUAGAAGUACAUUCUUAAAAGUAGAAACCAAAGAGGAUAUUGUACCUAAAAAUGAAGUCGAAUCUGACGACGAGAAAAAAGAACAAGAUGUUAAACCUUCAACAAGCAUAUCUACAAAUCCCACUGAAGUUGAAAAAAGUCAAAUUAAAAUUUGUAGAUUGUGUCUAGUAUUUAUAGACGAUAAAGUUAUACCACUAAGUAAAAUUAUUGCCAUGCUACAAAUUGUACUUCCAGAGGUUGAUCCCAAUAUUACCAAAGAGCCCGUUGUAUGUCAAGUUUGCUCAGAUUUUCUAGAAAAGGCCUCAAAUUUUAUGAUAAACAGCUUAAAUGUUGAACAGAAAAUAAAAAAUUAUUAUGAGCUAGUCAAAUGUGAAGAACAAAUUGAUUUGUUCAGUGUAUUGGAAUUUGCAUUUCCAAAAAUUGAAAUGGAAAGUGAUGUAACAAAAAAACAAGAAAGUGAAGCAACAGAUUCAAAUUGUCUUUCUACAAACUCGGUUACUCCAACUGAGGAGAAAGGAGAAACUGAAAUGACCGAAAAUAAAAAACCUACUAAACUUCAAGUCCGAGCUGAUUCUCAUGGUAUCACAUACUACAACUGCCCAUUAUGUUCUUUUAAAACAAAAUACAAAUACAGUAUGAAAAUUCAUAAAGAUAUGAUGCAUACUGAUCCAGAUGAAAUUGUUCUUUACUAUUGUGCCAUGUGUACCUUUAAAACGAAACAUAAACGGUACCUGGAAACUCACAUGCUAGUACACAAAGACCCAGAAGACUGUGAAAUGCACAAAUGCAAUGUUUGCAAUUUCAAAACGAAAUUCAAGAGUUACCUAAAAACGCACAUGCUCAUACAUAAGAGUCCAAAUGAAAUACCAAUGCACAAAUGUGAAUAUUGUAGUUUUAAAACCAAACACAAAAAAUACUUGGAUACACAUAUACUCAUACACAUGAAUCCUGAUGACGUACCAAUGCAUUGCUGUACUAUCUGUGAUUUUAAAACCAAAUCGAAACCAUAUUUGAAAACGCAUAUGUUGACACACAAGAAACCCGAAGAAGUUCAGAUGCAUCAGUGUGACGAAUGCAGCUUUAAAACAAAGUUCAAAUAUUACUUGAAUAGACAUAUGUUGAUCCAUAAGAACCCAGAUGAAAUUCCGAUGUAUCAAUGUGAUCAGUGUAAUUUUCGAACUAGACAUAAAAAAUAUCUGGAAACGCACAGUAUGAUACAUAAAAAUCCAGAAGAACUCACAAUGUAUUCCUGCAAUCAGUGUGAAUUUCAAACAAAAUCAAAAGCUUACCUUUUUAAAACCCACAUGCAAAUCCACAAAAAUCCCGACGAAUUAGUUUUGCACAAAUGUAAGUUGUGCGCAUUUAAAACAAGACACAAGAGUUACCUGGAAACACACAUGCUUACGCACAAAAGUCCAGAGGAAGUAACAAUGCAUUACUGUAAAGAAUGUGACUUUCGUACAAAAUUCAAGCAUUACCUCAAGAGACAUAUGCUUGUUCAUCUAGCCCCGGACGAGUGUGUCAUGUACAGAUGUUGGGAAUGCGAUUUUGAGACUAAACACAAAAAUUAUUUGGAUACUCACAUCUUGUACGUUCACAAAAGCAAAGAAGAAGUGCCCCUACAUUCUUGUCAAUUGUGUGAUUUUCAGACCAAGUCUAAAGGAUAUUUGAAGACUCACAUGCUGCUCCACAGGAGCCCCAACGAGGUAACUAUGUAUAAGUGCAAAAAAUGUAAAUUCAAGACUAAACAUAAGAGUUAUCUUAAAACGCAUAUGAAUCAUAUGCACACUAGGAAGUUGUAGUUCAUUUUUAAUUCCAUAUUGAAAGUUGGUAGUUUACAAGUGAGAGUUUCUCAACCAACAACUAAAUCCGUGAGCAAAAAAAAUACCAUGUAAUCGCCAUUCACUGGUAAAAAAACUGAACACGAAAUUGUAUUUUUUUUAAUGAAAUCUUCUUCAAAAUGAUAUAAAAUAUUGUACUGUUAACAUGUACAUGAAAAUUAACAUAACAAGUGAUAAAGCAACUCAAGCGGUCACCUUGAGUAAAGUUAGUCUGCUCUUUCCAUAAUUUACUGUGUCCAACAAGAGCAAAGAGAAACGUGAUGAGCAGCUGGACGGUAGGAAGAAGACUUAAGGCAGUUAACCUUGAACCAAAAUUGUCAGCUACCAGCUCCAAAUUAAUCCUACCUCACCGAGCAGCUCGUCUACCAUUUGCCAGGUAACACGUUAAUUGGACUGAUGGACAAUGGGGCUCCAUGGUUUUUGGAGGUUUGGACGAGCAUUCAUUGGAAGCAAAAACCGAAUUGGUUUUGAAACUGGUGGUGUAGCGGGGGGAUUAACGAAGAACCGAUACAUAGAAGAAAUUUUAGGGGAUCAUGUCGUUCCCUAUGCCUAAUACAGGACAAUGUCCGUCCACAUACUACAGGUACCGUUCGGUGGUAUUUACAGGAUGUCAAAAUUAUCGCUAUUGGCCAGCGCGUAGUCCGGAUUUAAAUCCUAUCGAUCAUUUAUGGUAUGAACUUAACCUCAAAAUAGCGCUCACUGAAGAAUGAGAUAGCAUCGAACAAUGUGGAGUAAAGAAACUUAUUCUAUUCAUAGAAAAACUAUAGGAUUUAAGCUUUUAUUUUCUUUACUGUUAAUCAUAACCCGUUUUCAUUGUUUAAGAUUUCUUUUCGUUUGAUAUUUUUUCUUUUGUUAAAAAAAUAACUCUAUAACAACAUGACCACUCUUAUAAAGCCGAGAUUAAUGACUUUGAGAUGCUAGAAUCUGAAAAAGAAUGGGAUCUACAGAUUUUCCCCUAAACUUUUGAUUUUUUGCUCACGAGUUUCGUUGGUAUUUCAAUUUUUUAUAUUGGGUACUCAGAAACUCUCCCGCCAAAUGCAAUUUACAGUAGUAGAAGUAAUUCCAUGUCCUAAUUCACCACAAUCCAAAAUUUAGGUCAGUUUUCGAGAUAAGUUAAUUUUUUGAGAAAUUUUUAACGAUACACUAUAAGGUUUUUGUUUUCACUAUUUUCAAGAAAAAUCAGCUUUGUUUCGUUUUUAAAAAAUUGAGAUUUUUAACGAGACAAAUACUAUUAAAUUGAUGACCACCAUUUGGUGAUAGACAUAAAUCUAAUCGUUUACUGUAAGGAUUGUCCAACCAUUCAAAAGACUUUUCUAUAGAUUAAUACAAUUUUGUUAUGGAAGAGAUUAAAAUCACAUGGAUUGAAAUGGGGCAAUUUGACAGGCCGGUUGCCUGUUCCUUCUCGUCUUAAACCAAAGAAAAAUACAAAAGUAUGAAAUAUUUCGUUCUGUGAUAAAUGUGACUAAAUAAUUUUAGUUUAAAUUUAUAUUUGUGCAGCUAUUAAUUCUUUGCAAUGUUUAAACUCUAAUUAUCUAUAUUUACUUUUUUUAAAUAUUUCUUAUUCCUUCAAAAAUAAAAAUUAGAUUAAGAACUUUAUAUAAAUAGAUAAAAAAUUAUGUCAGUUAGACAAGAAGGAUACAAAUAUGUUCAACAAAAGGAAGGUAAAACAAAUCCAUUAUUAUUUAUCAUAGUGUUAGGAGAAAGAAUAAAAAGAAAAAAAACAAAGUCUGGAAAAUAAUAGGUAGAAGAUGAAAACAUUUUGAAUUCAAACUUAAAAGUAUACAGAUAAUGAAUAUGAAAAUAAACGAAUACAAGACUGACAAUGUUAAUAUGUCGAAAGGAGAAGAAACAAAAAUAAAACAGGUUAAGAAUUUUAAUUAUUCUGGCAUGUCAUUACACAAGAUGGAAGAUUAGUACAAGAGAGGUCUGGAGCAACUGGAAGAUUAUUCAAUGCGAUUAAGACACAAUUUUUAGUUUUUAGUAGAUGGACAUAAUAAAAAAAUAUGGUAGGGAAAACGAGGAAUAUGAUGACAGAAACAAAAAACCAAAAAACAGGAUAGGAAAGAAUGGAAACAGCUGUGGAAAGAGGACUUAACACUAACAACUGGAAAGGUGGACAUACAGGAUUAAGUAAUAUAAUAUAGCUAACAAAGGUAAAUUAUACAUCAAAUUGGAUCAAGUUCUGUCUAAUGAAAUUUCUUUCCACAAAAACAAUUGUUUCCUUACAUAAAUCAAUUGAAUUUAAUUUUAAUAUUUUUCUUUCAUUGUAAAAUUUUCUUUUAAAUCUAUAUUUUUAUCAAAAUGUAAUUAUGGGGUUGAAACCCAACUACCGAAGGUGAAAAUUGCCAUAAAUUACCCCAAUUCCUUGGUGAAUCGUUAUUUUUUAACCAGCGGAAACUAAAACACUGCGUUGUUACUCUUAUUAUACAGUGACAUAAAAGACUUUUAAACACCUCUCAUUACAUCUUUUAAAGUACUCAACAGGAAUAAUGAUUUUAAGUUAAUGGUACUGAAUAAAAUAAAUGAGGUAAUAAUAUUUGGUAUCUUCUAUGUCAUUGUACUAUUUUUAAAUUACCUAAAGUACUAGAAUUGUACGAAUCGUCAUCAUCAAACAAGCAUUAUUUUAUUAAAAAAUGUCAUUUAUAAAAAAUAUUUUUGUUUAAAGUUCACUGAUUUACCGAUACAAUGUCUUCUAAUUCAACCAUUUGGUGGUAAAAAGUGACACUAAUAAGGUACUCGCAUUUUUUGAAAAGUGUUUUUUGUUCUUGAUAUGAAAUAAUGUCAGAAGUAAAUAUUUAAUUGAAAAUCGCGAAAAUUUCAAAUUUUCAACUACAUGAGAAAACGAUUUUCAUUGGUUUUUACUUGUGACGUCAUAGCUUUAUUAAAAACAUUUGUUGUCUGCUUGAUGAUCUCGAGGUUAUUGUUGCCGGCAACGUAGCGUGUGCUGUUAUAAUACAGUUUUUAUUUAUUGGUUACGUAUAAAUAAAACAUUUUUCUAUAUAUAAGAAUAAAGUGAUGAACUUUUAUAGGUCAAGUUCUUACAGUAUUACAUAAUCGCGUUAAAAAUUGAAAACAUAAUAAAUUUAAUUAUACCUCGCAGGAUAGUCAAAACGACCAACACUUUCAAACCAAUUUUGUUGUAGUACAUUCGAAUUUCUUGGCAUCAUCAGGUGUUUUAAUCGUGGUAUUUUUACAUCCGGGCUCAAAACACGAUUUAUAUACCAUUUUUUCAUUUUAAUCAAAGUUUUAUAAUUAUAAUUCGUAUUUACUUUGUAUCAUAUGCUGAGUGUUUAUUUUAUACCUAUGACUUCACGCAAUACGGCGACUUUACUGAAAUGUUUGAACUACCUACAAAAUUUUUGAAUUUCCAAUACUUUUUUUCCUUAUAAAUAUUGAUCAAAGAAUUAAAAUAUAAACUAUUCAAAACUAUUUUUUUCUCAAACCAUUCAAGUACCCUAUUUAAAAUCUACAUGGACAGUACCUUAUAUUGUUUAAUUUCAAAUACCGCUUAUAUCAGCUAAUUCAAUUUGCCAUUUAAAAAAUUAGAAUUUUGUGUGUUGCUAUUAUAAUGUAGUACUAAAUAUGUAUGUGUGAUAAUUUGAUUUUCGUUGUGCCAUAUUUUUAUAUUUUUUUAAUUUAUGUACAAAAUAUAUAAACAACGUUGAAAAUUUUUAAUUGUUUAGAACAAUGUAGAACUAUAUUGGAUAUUUAUUUAAAGCGUUUUAUAUGUAUUGUAUGUCGUGUAUGUUUUUUUUUAUUUUAAUAAAAUGAUUAUAAAUUUGAAA